GUCUCAUCCUCUGAGGGAAGACGGGUUUGUGUAACUCUCCUCAAACCUGAGGCGGAGUUCGGGGUGUUUGGUCAACGACAGUGGUUCCUGGAAAAGAUCUGAAUCGUUUUAUAACCGAAUCCAGCUGCGGUCCGGCGCGGGCUGCAGUUUCAGCGUCCGUGUGUUUGUGUGAGGUAGAGGCAGAGAGAGAGGAAGGGGUGUCUGCGCGUUCCUUUCACAACAGAACGAGAGAGAGAGAGAGAGAGAGAGAGAGGCGAAGAGAGGGGGGAGAGAGAGAGUUUGGUUUUGUCUUUUUCGCCCCCUUGACUCUUUUUAGGCAUGAACGGCGAGACCUGCGUUUCAUUCAUCGACAUGACAUCCAUGGAUUCAUAUUAUAGCCCGUCUGCAGCGCAAGGCAGGGAUCACCAGAGCGGCCACUUUAGGACAUUCCCAACCGCUGACACCAAAUACAGCCCCACCGCCUUCCUGCCCAACAAAGGUCAGGCUUACGGAGAAAAGUCCCGGAGCCCCUUCCAGCAGGACUGCCAGUCAUUGGAUGCCGCCGCAGCUGGGCAAGGCACUUUCAGCAAAUACCACCUCUUCACGCAGACGUCGUCUUCUUGCAAAACACCGCCGGAGGACGGAAAGCUGCACCGGGAGAGCGGACGCAACGGAGCGCUCGUCGCGUGCUAUGGUAAGGACAGUUCAGGUGUGACGGACUCCGAUUUGGCCCCGGACACGGACCCCCCCGGAAUGGACCCCGGCUACCUGAGCGUGAAGGAGCAGGGCGCGAAGGCGGCCGCCGACAGGUCGCCGGGCGCCGAUCUGGACAAGGCCGAGGGCGGCGAGAGCAACAAGGGCAAGAAGAGGCGCAACCGCACAACCUUCACCAGUUACCAGCUGGAGGAGCUGGAGAAGGUCUUCCAGAAGACCCACUAUCCAGAUGUGUACGCUCGGGAGCAGCUGGCGCUGAGGACGGACCUGACGGAGGCACGCGUGCAGGUGUGGUUCCAGAACCGGAGGGCGAAAUGGAGGAAGAGGGAGCGCUUCGGGCAGAUGCAGCAGGUGCGGACGCACUUCUCCACGGCGUACGAGCUGCCUCUUCUGACGCGCCCUGAGAACUACGCGCAGAUCCAGAACCCGUCCUGGAUCGGCGGCAGCAGCGCGGCGUCUCCCGUGCCCGGCUGCGUGGUGCCCUGCGACACCGUGACCUCCUGCAUGACCCCGCACCCCCAUUCCGCAAGCGGGGUGUCCGAUUUUCUGGGGGUGCCGAGUCCCGGAGGCCACGUGGGCCAGGCUCACAUGGGCAGCCUGUUCGGAGGGUCCCCCGGCAUGGGCGCAGGCAUCAACACCUACGACCUGAACAUGGACCCUGACCGCAAGUCCUCCAGCAUCGCCGCUCUGCGGAUGAAGGCCAAGGAGCACAGUGCCGCCAUAUCGUGGGCCACAUGAUGGGCCGAUGUUCGCUGGAAGCGCCAUCGCGCGGGUGCUGGACAAUGACGGCGAGAGGGGGCAAUGAAAACGAAGACCCUGAAGGCAGCGGUGACUAUCUUAUAAAUAUGGAGGCAUGGAGAAGAACAUGAGCGAAGCCACGAGGCGCUGCCCUGUUUCUAGAGACAUCAACCACAGCCUGUGAGAGUAAAGACCGGUCACAGUGAUGAUGUCCACUACAGGAGCUGUGUUAGGAAAAUUUACAUCCAUGCACUUAUUUGAUAAAAUACAGGAAAUUCUGUUUGUACAGUGCUUUUAGUGUCAGUGUAGAUCUCUGUUCAGGUGCUAUUUUAUUCAGACGUGUUAUUUAUAUUUGGGUUGUUGUGUUUUUCUCUACAGCCGUUUCUCUUUUUUGGGGCUGUUUUGGUUUAAAAAGUAGUUCAACAAGCACCCUUGAAGCAUAAAAAUGACAUUUGUGUUAAAUGUUCUACACAUUUUAUCCUAAGCAGUGGCUUAUGCUUUAGCCAGGGCUUCUGAGGCUUCUCAUAUCCAACACAAACAUUAAAGCAACCACCUCUGGCUGGUUAGAUUUCAGCGACUAUAGAACGUCUACCCUCAAACAUUUACAAGUCAAACAGGCGGAAUGUGGUUUGUUUUAGUGCGGUUGGGGUGAGACAUCCACCUGCAGCACCGGAGAGAGGAAGGGAUGGAUGAGGCAGUGUUUGUGGGAGUGAGAGGACACAGCGGGCCGGCUGCUCUCAGGGCUGGAGAGCCGGGAGCAGCAGGCAGCACAGAGUGGGCUCUGUCUGCAGGGGACACGCUGGGAGCGGACGCGACCGUGCCCCUCGACGGCGCCCGCAGCUUCAGGGGCUGCAGGGAGAGAGAAGUGCCCACUAGUCAGUCAGACUGCCAGGAAUAGCAAGGAAAACAGCAGCCGCGGCCUUUGAAGCGGGGGAGGGAGGUGGAUCGCGCUGCGUGUGUUGACACGUUUCGACGGUCAGAACCCAACGGUCUGUUCUGGACCCGUGCAGAGGAGUUCAAUGCGGGUCGGUCAGCGGCCCUGAAGCAGCUCCACUGCACAUGCACAAACACAGGAAGCCGAAGCAGCUCACUGCCGUCUGCAGCGCUGACAACCAAUACAUGAGAUCCUAUUUAUCUAUGUAAAUAGAAAAAAAAUAUGAUACCUAUGUAUCAUAUUCAGCUUUUAAUGCAUCUCAUCUGAACACCUCAGAACUGAAAGUUUUAGACACCUUGAAGCCCCAUUUUCCACCAAGAAAACAGCUGAGCCAGGAAACACCUGGCUGCUGAACAAAUUACUGGAAGGUUUGUUAGUGAAUUUGCAGCAUUAGCAUCGUAUCAGCAAUCACAGAUUAUUCACUCGGUAGUUAUGUGUGCUUCAGCUCUGGGCCUCGACUGGAGCAACCAAGCAGCGUCCUGUGUUUUUUGCCAGACAUGAUGCUCAGACUUAAAAAUAGCAAGUGACCGGUGGCUCCGCAGCCAUUAUAAAGCACAAACACAAUAUUCUCUAUGAUUGGAGUAGAAAGAGUCCGAAAAUUGUCAAGACUGUGCAGCUCCACAAGUUGUCAAACUAGAACCCCGUUGACCUGAGAGCCCCCCAAGCCACAUUCCUACCCUGCAACGCGAUUAAAUAGUAAACCUUGUUUUUGUCAGUAACUUCCUCCUCCGUGGUCAGAAAUAGCAGAUGAGGUUUAGGAAUGAGGACACGCAUGUUCUCCGUUGUUUGCAGGGCCUGAUUUAGAGCUUUAGCAUAACAGAGGGUUUCAUGCUUAUGAAAAGUAAACCUGAUAUCUCAGUAAUACACCUUCAGGCAGAGCAAGCAUUGCUAAUUCUCUAAACCGAACCACAUUCACUGUCCUUCUGGAAGGGAAGUGGGGUGCAGGUUAUAACCUGUCAGCAGAGCAGAUCGCCCUGAAGUUGUCCAAAUUACAUCCAGUCUUACACUCCAAUCCAAAUCCAAGACAUAUGCAUGAACCUGACUGCAGAGCGCGUAUCUUUAAAAACCCAGAGGGUCCCUUUGCAUAUGUGGACGCGGGCCCCCCUGUGCUCCGGCUGAGGGGUUGGAUGGAGGGCGAGCCGCGAGGGCGUCUGCUGUGUUCCGGUGUUCUGGGAAAAGGACAGUGCACACAGCUGUGCUCACGGGGUAAAUGCAAAACAAACAUGCCUCGCUCAUGCUUCCCCCUCAGCUGUCAUGGCUCUGCUUUCAAAGAUUCACCCCUCCUAAUCACCCAUAUUGCACUAGGCCCCACCCUUUGCUCACUUUCACCGUGUCCACUGGGCCCAGUCUACAGCCCCCCCCACCGCAGGGUCCAACCCAGGAAGGCUUUUUAAUCAACACUAAGCCAUGUGGAGGCCGUGGACUCCAGUAUUGUGUGUCAGGACAGACAGGACUGUCCAUCUUCUGUGCGAUGUAACAGAACUGACAGACAUAUUGGCAGAGCAGCUUAGUUUCAUACACUAUGAACUCACUAUUUGUACUUAAUUGUAUGAGUUUAGGCCUUUUCCAGCAGCUCCACCAACAACUUCCAUCCUUUCAAAAAGAACCAUAAUACAGGAUUCGCUUUACAUGAAAUAAACUCAGCGAUGCCAUCAAAGUCCACUCAGUCAUUUUCUAAUACUACUGAAAUCAAGCAAUCAGUAUGAGUAGAUGUCCCAAAUGUUGCUGUGUGCGCAUGAGCAUUUUUGAGCAUGCAAAAUGGAAUGAAGUGAUGCCUCCGAGACGUGGCCGAGUGUUGUUGUGUCAUUUCACGAGUACUGUCUAUCACGUUUUGCCAACAGGUGGCUUACGGUACAAUUGUAUUUUUCUUGAUCUCAUUCUUGCGAGCUUCAAAAGGUAUUUUUCAUGUUUUUGUGGCUUUAAGCGUUAAGUCUUUGGAAAUUAGUGUAUAAACUUACUCAUGCUUGUGUUUUCUGUGUGAUUAAAGUACAGUAAGUUAUUGCA